AUGAAUAACUCGGGGUCCGAUUUUUCCUGCCUUCGGCGGCAGUUCCUCCUCCGCUUCGUUACUCUACUGCACACGCGGCUUUGCUCUCGGCCCUCGAUUACUCCGGCCUAUCACCCUGGGAUGCCGCCUGCCGCCGCCACAGCCGCGGCUGCCGGGCUUGUGGGAUUCGCGGCGGAGUCGGAGCCGGACCCCGAGCAGCGGCGAGAGCCGUGGCCUGAGAGUUACAGGGGCGGGCCGGCUCAUUCCUGGGGGAGUGGACACUCGGAGCCCCUGAGGCGGCGGCGGCUGCGGCGGCGGCGGGAGCCGGUCAAAGGGGGCGGCCCCUGGCGGCGACGCCCCCAGCCCAGCCCUGCCUGGCCCCACUCCAUCCCCAGCCCCGGCCCGAUCGGCCCGCGGGUGACGCCGGCUGGGGCACAGAAAGGCGGCUCCGAGGGGGCGGGCGGGCGAUCAGCCCCUCCCGGGUCCUUCCACGUCCCCUCCCGGGAGGGACCCAUACCUGAGCCCGGACCCACCCCCACCCGGGGCCACGCUGGAUCCGCCUCCCGGGCUGGGUCCCGCCCGCCGGCUGCAGGUGGGCAGCAGCGCCCGAGCCGCGGGCAGUGGGCGGCGGGGAAGGAGGUGAGCCGCGUCCGCGCCGGCUGCCGCUCGGGUCCUUGCCCCCGCUGCUGCGCUCUCCUCCUCCCCUUCCCGCAG